GUGAACUUUAGGGUUCCCUUAUACGAAGUAGGGCUGACCACAUGGUUUGCUAUGAGCGCCUGAGUAAUUGCGUUGGGGCGAUUGGGCUAUAUGACCAGACCUGCAUAUGCCUAACCCAUUAAUUUCGUAAUCACUAAACAACCAAAGAAAAGCAGAAGGUCGGAGGAGAGAGAAGAACCCAAAACCUCAAUUGUUUUUGCCGCCACACUCACCUUUACGCCUCCUUGUAGCUCCGCCGUAAUGGACCGUGAGCUCGCCAUUGCACCUAAAGAUGUUCUGGUUCAAAUUGUUAAGUUGUCGCAAAAGAAUGGAAUGGAGGGUGAUAAAGGAGGCUGGAAGGAUUUUCUGAAAGUUUAUGAUAAAAAAUUUGGUGCGAGCAUGAGCGAUCCAGCUAGAAGGACCCCGGAAGUUUUACGCACUUUUUUGGAUACAUUCAAGAAAGAGGAACACUUAAAGUUCUUUGCUAAAGUUUUGACAUGUCACUCAAAUCGUGACCUGGUGAAACAAGUAGCAAAGUCGGAAGACACUGAAUCACCUGUACAGAAGUUGGUUCGUUUGACCCUUGAUCAUCCACAGUAUCCAAUUGAGUAUUCAUUUCCGUCAUAUGAGCAGGACUGGAUUGUUUCUAAACUUGGUAAGAAGUCCAAGGUGGCAACAUCAGAUACAUUGCUGGCUGUUGAUUGUGAGAUGGUUCUCUGUGAGGAUGGAACUGAAGCCUUGGUUAAAAUAUGUGUAGUAGAUCAGGAUUUAGAGGUUAAACUCCAUGAGUUUGUUAAUCCUAAUAAAGCAGUAGCAGAUUAUAGGACACAAAUAACUGGUGUUUCUGCUAAAGAUUUGGAUGGAAUCACUUGUUCCCUUGCAGAUAUACAGAAAAAGUUGAAGAAGCUGUUAUCCCAAGGUGCUAUUUUAGUUGGGCAUAGUCUCAGUAAUGACCUAAAAGCACUGAAGGUAGAUCAUCCAAGAGUCAUUGACACUUCUUUUGUCUUCAAGCUUGGAGACGAAUCUACGAAUAGAAGACCUUCCUUAAAUAAUUUGUGUAAGUUUGUGCUGGGUUAUGAACUUCGCAAGAAGGAUUCUCCACAUAAUUGUGUUGAUGAUGCAUGUGCUGCUAUGAAACUAGUGCUAGCGAAGAUGAAACCUGGAUCCGAUGAAGCUAUUCCUGUAGCUCAAGAUGAAGUGCCGGACAGUGAAACAGCAAAGCUUCUUAUACACAGAAUACCAAAAGAUCAUCCAAGUGAAGAACUAUGUCAGGUCAUCCCCGGAGACUUCACCAUUGAAAUUCAGGCUCGUAAGAAAGUUCGAGGUGACAAGUAUUCUGCUAUUGCUACUUUCAAAAGUCCACGGGAGGCACUAAAUACGUAUAAUAAUCUGGAAGGAAUCGAAGAAAAGGACUCUUCUGGGCGGUCUCAGAAACCCGUCUCCGUUCAGUUUAAAGAUGGCUCGACAGCAAUAGUAUGUGUUCGGAAAAUGACACCUGAUAAUCCUGUUGUCAAAAGUUCUGCGAAACGACCAUGUCCAACAGACGCACCUGUAGAUGAAUCAAAAAGGUUAAAAACCGCGCAAAUAUCUGAAUCUCCAGAUCAGAAUCUCUGUGUCGAUGAUGAUCACGUGAAGGAGAUUGACAGAUUGAAGGAUUUGCUUAGCCAAAGGGAUCAAGAAAUUUCUAGCCUGCACAAGAUUAUAGCCGCUCUGACAAGGAAACACGGGCUUUAAUCUCGAUCGCUGACAUUUUUGCACAGGAGUUGACAAUGUGGACUCUCCGGCCAUUCAUGUCAUGCAUCCUAGGAAUUUUGUUUUUCCUUUUAUUAUGCAAUAUCUUGUGUGAUUUAUGACUAUUUUUUUUUGGAACAAUAUAUGAAGGUGAAAUUACCUGAGAUUGAUAUUUA